AUGCUUUUCACUACGUCUGGCAAACAUGCAAUGGCAUCCCAAAAUUUGGAAAGCGUAAGGCCGCGUUUGUUAUCUACACUUUCUUCUUCGGGAUUUUGGGAAUGUGCCAGUGUUUCAUUUCGAAGACCUACAGAAGAGUGGGCAAGAGUUUUAUUUUGCGAAAUUGAAGUCAAGUUUUGUGUUGAAAAAAAAAGCGUUUUAUGCACAUCUUUGCACCGUGAAUCAACUAAAUUACAUGGAGGUCGGUGUGCCAAAUCAGGCAUAAAAAGGCACAGGCACAGGAACAUGCACAGCCACAGUAACAGGCUACUGCCUGGCGUAAGGGGUUCGCUCAAUGGCAUUUAUUCUUUGCAAAGGAGUUCCAUUGGCGCCGUUGUCGCUUCUUCAUGCACGCUGCUGCCGUGUAUCCGUGAUCUGCUUGCAGUCGAAACCGAUGCACUGCAAUGUGCACCGGCCCCACCAGCGCUCGGACUCAACCCACCAUAUCAAUGGCCAGCUCGUCGUUGGGUGCUGGAUUUCUUGCUUUCGGCAGAGCACCGUUGUGUGUAUCUGGCGCGUGUUUUGCCAAAGGCUUUGUGCAUUUGCAAUGCACGGCAAGCAUGCAGUGCAACCAAGCACACCGAGAUCACACGCAGACCGGCUGCUCUGGGCACAUCUCAACAUCACUCUGCAUCGCCAGGGCAAGGGCAAGUCCUGCUGCAACCACACGGGGAGGCUGCGCAUGCGCGACAUUCCCUCGCAUCGAUA